AUGGUCAAAGCUUUGAUUGCCAUUACCAGUUACAAUGAAGUUUUUUAUCAGGAUGGAGCCCGUGCCGGUGUAUUUGUCGUAGAGGCUUUGCAUCCAUAUGAAGUGUUGAGAGAAAAGGGCGUCGAAGUGGACUUUGUCUCCGAGACGGGAAAAUUCUUCGGCUGGGAUGAGCACUCGUUGUCGACCGAUUUUCUAAAGGCUAAGGAUAGGGAAAUCAUUGAGAAGUCAGAGUCCUCCUUCAUGAAGGCUAUUCGUAACGUUAAAAAGCCUAGCGAACUUAACGUCAAGGACUAUCAAAUUUUCUUUGCUUCCGGUGGCCAUGGUGCAUCCUACGACUUUCCACGCUCACCGCACUUACAGAAGCUGGUUGCAGACGUUAGCGCAAACGGAGGUGUUAUUGGAGCUGUUUGCCAUGGUCCCGCUAUUUUCGAUAAUUUAAAAACUUUAGAGGGCAAUAUUUUUAUCAAGGGCAAAAAGUUGACGGGGUUUACAGAUGAAGGAGAGGAAAUUUUGAACCUUGCUCAAAUUAUGAAGGAUAAGGGCAUGAAAACAAUAAAGCAAGUUGCGGACACUAAUGGAGCUACUUAUGUGCAACCAGCUGAUCCAUGGGGCUCAUUUGUUGUUGUUGAUGGGAAGCUCGUGACAGGUGUUAACCCAGCAUCAGCUGCCGAAACCGCCGCAAAGACCGUGGAGACAUUGAAACAUUAG